CUUUCGUAAAUAUCUUCGACAAAUCACAGUAUCCUUCUCCCUUUGCAAACCUUUCUCAGAUAUGGCGGCAGGACUGGCAUCCCUCACCGGAGUGACCGUGGAGUUCCUUGAGUACCCAGCCACCGUGACACCUUUGGGCGGCUCCGGCAAGUCCUAUUAUCUUGGUGGCGCAGGUGUGAGAGGUUUGACUAUAGCGGGGCAGUUCAUAAAGGUGACGAGCAUUGGAGUUUACUUGGAAGAUAAGGCAUUCCCAUGUCUGGCCUCCAAGUGGAAAGGAAAGACACAAGAUGAAUUGCUCAAUUCCAUUGAUUUCUUCAUGGAUAUUGUGAAAGGACCAUACGAGAAAUUUAUUAGAGGAUCAAAGAUAAUGGCAUUAGAAGGAGCAGAGUAUGGGAGCAAGGUCUCUGAAAACUGUGCGAAUCAUAUGAAAGCUGCCGGCACUUACGGCCAAGCAGAGGCUGAAGCCCUUCAGAAGUUCGUUCAAAUCUUUCAGCCUCAAAACUUCCCACCUGGCUCCUCUGUCUUCUACUUGAUAUCCCCCAAUGGAACUCUAACGAUUAGUUUCUCGGAUGAUGGCACACUGCCAAAAGCAGCAGCAGGAGUGAUAGAAAACAAAACACUCACAGAGACACUAGUGGAGACAAUGAUCGGAAAGCAUACCGUUUCUCCUGCUUUGAAGCUCAGUUUGGCUUCCAGAUUAGCUGCUUUGUUCAAUGAAAUUGAUGUGAAUGAUAAAAAUUGAGAAUUUGGGACUCAGUUUAAGGUGUUCGGUUCACAAUAAAAAUACUUUUUAAAAAUAAUUUUAUGUAAGUCAGGAUAACAUUUCUCUCACAUGUUACAUUGAAGUUGGUGAAGUUGGGUGUGAAAGGCUGGUGCUAUAAAUAUAGUGCCAAUAUUUUACAAUUAACUUUACUUCAUGUUUACACAUCAUAUUUUACCAAGUGUUGUCAUGUGGAUUGUUAUGCUCGUAAGGUCUUAUAUCAGUUAUUCUGUGUUUUGUGUGAUGUUUAUUAUUUUGUGUA